CACACUCGCAAGCACGCAGUGAAUGGCGCAGGGGGGAGUGGGUAGAGAACGAGAAUCAAGCAUUCAAUUUAUAAUUGCAAUUGAAGCGGUUCGUUCGUCGAUGGAUGGAGAAGAAAAGCCACUGAAAACAGAGAACUCUGAUGCGUUUGCGUUUUUAUUGUUCUCCAAUUUCCCAAUGGCGAUUCGAAUCCGAAUGAAUUCGCACACUGAUCACCGAUUGCCUUCGAUUUUGCAACUUUGUGCCACACUUUGAACUUCCGUUCGCACAGGCGUCGCCGUUUCUGUCGUGCCGCUGACUUUGUCUUUAUCGCUGCCGUUGCCCGAUCGGGACUGGGAGGCCGACAUUACUCUCGGACCCCAAAAGACUGAAUGAAUGGGGCGCAUUCAAACCAGCUGCAGCUACAGUUGGAGUUGGAGUCGAUGUCGGAGCCGGGGUCCCCCAAUUGCAGCGCAAUGCGGUGGGGGUGAGAGCUGAGACGCCACCGAAGACCGAGCCAGCCAGAGUGUGGAAUCCAGACAUUCCAGAAUUGCGCUCUCAUUGGGUCUCCCUCUCUAUCUCUAGCGCUCGCUUGGGUGUGCAUACAUGUCGGAGUUGGAUCUGUCUCUCUCUUUCUCUUCUCAGCAGCUGCUGCGAUGAGUAAUGCGGCGCCGGCGUCUGUUGGAUCGUUUGCAUGCAAAUGCUUUUUUUUAAUUCAGAUUGAGAGGCUCUCCGGGCGAGCGGUUAUCAGUUGUCCAUUGCAUCAUCGGCGUAAUGUUUACACAUGGCGAUCGUGACCGCCUCAAUAACGGGACUAAUGGAUUCUGUACACAAAUUGCGCCGCCUCCGGAAAACACUUUCACUCUCAUUGCCCACUCCCAUGAGGUCCAGGAGAUCAUUUGCAAUUGUCAAAGAUGCUGGUACGGACGGUCUUCAUUCAACUGGUGCUACAGCACAUAUUGGUCCAAGGAUACUACUACUAUGAUUACGGCUACUGGCAGAUCAAUGAGCCCCCGCCACUGUGCUCCGACUACGAGAUGCUGAUCGUGAACACCCAACAGUGUGUGCGACGUUGCAACAUUGUCUGCCAGGAAGGCGUGUGCUUUGAGGAUGGCGACUGCCCGUGCGCCAAUCAGUAUUUGGGGGGCAAUCCGGACGGACUAAUCUGUGCUGCCGAGUGUCUGCCGGGCUGUAGGGAAGCGGGUGGGUACUGUGCCGCCCCCGAUCUGUGUGUGUGCCGGAAGGACAAGCACUACUACUUUGAUACUCUUUCCGGUCAUUGCCGCCAUCGGGGUGCACGACUUCUGGACCCUUGCCACGGGCGUUGCACCCACGGGCGGUGCUCAUACGAUGGCCAAUGCAUUUGUGCCCAGGGCUAUGAACUCCAAGCCACACUGCUACACGGGCAGCAGUGCAUGCCCAUCUGCCAACACGAUUGCGGACCCCAUGCCUACUGUUUCGCUCCCAACAUGUGUGCCUGCCGACACAAGAACCACCAUUAUGACCGUAAGGGCAUUUGCACCAAAGACUAUUAACUUUGGGAACAAACAGCUGCAGUCGUCGGGGUCUGUUUUUAGUUCCUCUGCCGCUGACGUCAGUCGUUCGAAUUUUUUUCGAUUUGCCAUUGCAAAUUCUAUAAUUAAGUUAUUUGUACAUAUUUCACUUAAAAAAACAUCUGUUGAAUGCUUUGCUGUUCGAACUAAUAUGCCACACACAAUGAUUGUAGGGCACCCAAAGAUUGAGAGAGGUACAGAGAGAGAGAAAGAUGGAUAGAGAGCGAUUCAACGCCAAAUUACAAAGCGAAUUUGUUAUUGUUUCUGGCACAUGGAAGGAAGGCCCGUCGCUUUAAAAUUUGAAUUAAUUAUAUCUUUAAUCAGACGCUGAUCGACUAAACUAAGCUGAGAGAAGUAAAACAUGCGUACGUGCGCUCCAGAGGCGUAGCUGCGGAAAUUUUCGCUGAGUUUCCAAAAAGGGGUUGUUCGACUUCCAUGGAAGCCACUGAGAGUGAAAGGGACAGCUACCUGUUUGCCUGUAUGUGUUGUCUUGUUUAUCCGAUAAGACCAUUUUUGUAAAAUGUAUAUUAAAAUUCGACUAGUUUUGAACUAAUACACACCCUGGCUGUCUGCAGGGUAUUAUUUGUUAGAUAAAGAAUUGACAUCGGCAGCGACGUCGACGGAGGCGUUGGCGUUUUUAAAGGCGCGCGUGUGGCGUGUUUUCAUAUUGUUGUUGUUGGAGGGGGACGGACCGACGGGCCCCAACAGAAAAAGCGGCCAGUACCACUUGUGUUCUCCGUCGCGUUUUAGUUGGAGUUUUGCUUUCCAACGGCGCGGUUCGACUUUUUAGCUGGUGCUCUUUUUCCGCACAUCCUGAGGAGCGUAGAUUUUUUGUCUCUCUUGCCAACUGCAGCAAUUUGCAAUUUUAAUUAACUUAAAAGGCAGCCUGCUGAAAAAGAAGAAACGUGAUAAAAGCAAAAAAUGGGCCAAGUCAAGUUGGCAGCCCCAAAAAGGAAGAAAGCGUGGGAAAACCUCAAUUCAAGAUGAAAUUUCAAUUCGUGAAAGUGCUGUUCUUAAUGUUAUCUUGAAAUUUUAUCACCUAAUAUUCUAAUCUAAUGCAUGUAUGGGUGUACAUUUUA